AUGAAACUACUGAUGGAUGGUGUAUGGACUAUCACAAAAGAUCAUUUAAAAGUACUUGAAGCUGCAGAGUCGUUUGUAAAAACACAUAAUUAUGUCCCAGAAAAUAUGAUAAGGAAUAAGUCAAGAAUAAAGGCGAACUUUACAGAGUAUUUAAGAGAUUUAGUAAAACUGAAAUUUAUUCAAUGCUAUUCAAAUACAUACAAGCUCAGCUUAAGUGGUUUUGACUGUCUAGCAAUCAAUUCAUUGAGGAAGAUCGGAUUGGAAAUGAUUGGUUCACAAAUUGGAAUAGGAAAAGAAUCGGAUAUCUAUUGGGGAAGGUUUAAAGGUAUAGAUACAGCCAUGAAAAUUCAUCGGUUAGGCAGGACUAGUUUCAAUAAAAUUGAAGAAAGAGAUCUUAAAAAUGAAGAAAAUUGGUUUUUAGCAAAUAUAGAAUCUGCCAAAAAAGAGGCUAUGUUUCUUCAGGAAUUUUCGUGUACUUCUGUUCCAAAAUACUACUGCUCUAAUAGACAUGUGGUUGUGAUGGAGUUUUUGGACGAACACAACCCACUUUAUAAAGUAACAGUCACCAACCCUACUGAUAUUUCUAAUAAAAUGCUAAAAUUUCUACGAAAAAUGUGGGAUAUGGGAUAUGCGCAUGGUGAUUUUAAUGAAUUUAAUGUUAUGGUGAAUGAAACAGACAUAAAGGUCAUAGAUUUCCCACAAUGUAUAUCAGUUGAUGACCCUCGUGCCAUUAUAUACUUGAAAAGAGAUGUUGAAUGCGUUCAUAAAUAUUUUUGGAAAAAAAAUAAGUUUAUAUGUGAUGAUUCACUACUCCAAGACAUUUUUGAGAAAUAUAGAAUAAAAAUUGAAGUUGAAAGACACGGAGUUGAUUUGGGGUUUGAAAAUGAUGAUGUUGAGAAUAUAAAGAAUUUCAGAAAAUAG